GACGUGCUGCUGUUGGGUGUUGUGAUGGCUGGGUCGACCGCUGGUGUACCUUUGUAAUUUUGUAUCAUUGGUAUGGCGGAUAACAAAUCACAACGCCGCCGCCUUAUACUAAACAACAACCAACGACCAGUUACUACGCUUCCCUUGAGCUACUACACCGACGUCCCGAAGUAAUACUCUGCCCCAAGUUUCACCAUCAAGGCACCGGAGUACUACACGAUUUAGUAUACUGCCCCAUCAUUAUCCUUCACCGAGUCUUAUAACUACUACACCGAAGCUCCAGCUUACACCACUAAAGCGGUCGAAUACUACACUGAAGCCGUUCUUAUUAAUGCCCGACCAUGAAUUUAUCUUACCUUUCCCCCGAUUUUACCUGCAUAAUGUCAAAAGGUAUACGAAAUUAGCCCCUGAACGCCUCCUGUCAACGCGUAUCGAAUUCCGCAUUGAAAUUCCCGGAAACACUCCCUACGGCAUUUUCGCUCGCAGCUGCCUUGCCAUGGCCAAAGACUCCAGAAGUACCUUUCAGAUCAUCGACGAUGACGGUUGCCCAACUGAUCCAUCCAUCUUCCCUCGCUUCAUUCCGGACGGAACUGCUCUGCAGAGCACCUACGAAGCUUUCCGCUUCACCGAGAGCUACGGUGUCAUCUUCCAGUGCAACGUGCGAUAUUGUCUAGGACCUUGCGAACCGGCUAAUUGCCAAUGGGGAAGAGACACGAUAGAAUCCUGGGACGUAAGCGCCGUUAGCGCCGAGAAAGUUGACAAGACCGAAGAGGACUGACCAUGUCGCACGAAAUUCUCGUCUCGAUUCUCGUUCUUGACUUUGGAGAUGAAGAUACGAAAUUCAGCCACCGACAGACUGCCACCUUGCCGGCCAAUUUCCCCAACAACAGUACUUACACAGUCCAUGAAGAGACGGUGACCGUAUUCAACAGCACUUGCCCAACAAAGACGUCCGUUCUGGCGUUGGCCGUCACCUGCGCACUUCUCUUAUUACUGUACAUCUGCACCGUGUUCUACUUCCUCAUGCGCCGCUGGUUGGGACCCGACAAGAGCGUCUAAGAUUAUAUACAAACCCGCAUCUAUAAUCAAGGUGUGGAAUCUUAAUAUCUAAAAACACGGGACAUAUUUUCCGAUCGUGAAGCCCUCCUCCUAAACAUAAUCGUUAAAUCCAUUCGUCGUCACGUCAAUUUCGCUAGAUAUUCAUUGUUUCCAUUUAUCAUUUUUUUUUUAAAUUAUUAUUUGCUUGAUUUGUUAAAGCAGCGCUUUAACAUGACUUCUGGUUGAAUCUUUUUUGUUUUUCUUCCAUGGUGGUCAUAAAAGGGAACUGGUCCAUUAGUAAUUUAUUAUUCUAUAUAAUCUUUUUAGGUGUUUCAAAACUAGCCCAGGGCAUUUUGUUGAGUGGUGCUUAUUACGGCAGAUCUUAUCCUGGUUUUUCUCUAGCACACUUGUAAGCUAUAAUGUAAAUAUGAUUUAAGUGGGGGGGGGGAUGACUUAUAUAAAUGAAGUCUUCAAAAUUCUAAUAUUCUUGGGAAACCGGUUGUAGUUGGAAACGAAACAAAAAAAUAACCGUUUUUAUUAUCGAAUGUUUCUUCGUUUAUGUUUUUCCCUGCCCCAUAAUAAAACUUUGUCUGCAGUAUGAAUAAACUGAUUCACACUAU